AUGUGUUUACUGUUUUUUCUGACUCUAUUUAUUCAGUAUACUCUGAGGAUAGAAUCUGAUAUAUUUUCACAGCUGGGACAAUAUGAGUUAUUUGAGAGACCAUCCUUUCGUAUCGCUCGAGAUAUUAGUGGACGGCAGAUCAGGCAAACCGUGUUUUAUGCAUGGGGAAGACCAUGGUACUUGAUUCUCUAUCGUGAAACAUCUUUUCAUAAUUCUAACUUGUCAGUCAGAUUUAUCAGUACAAAUGGUACCUACUCUUUUUAUCCGAAAAGAAAAUAUGCAGAACUACAUAUUGGCUAUGUAUCAGAUUCAAACCAAUCAUUUGUGUUAGCUCAUUUGGAACCAUACACUUCACUCCUCAGCGCUCAUAUUCAUGUGGAAUCAGAUAUUUUUGUUAUUGAGCCAUUGUCUGACUACAUUAACUAUAUUGGGAACAAUUCCAUGUUAAUUUAUCGCCUAAGAGAUAUUCAAUUUGAAAAGAUACUAAAUAAUUCAAUGAAUUAUAAAUCAGCCACUUUAUUGGCCCUAGAAACUGAUACAUUUGAUAUCUACAUUAGACGAAAACGAUUUAACCCCGCACAAUUACAGAGCAAACUUUGUCGUCUGACACUCAUCGCUGAUUACGAUUUUUUCACUAAUAUGGGAAAUAGAAAUGGACCUAAAACUAUCGGUCAUGUUAUUAAAGUAUUUGACCGGUUAAAUUAUCUGUUUCUUACUUCAAAAUUUUUGGAUGAUAAACAUUAUGAAAUGAUUGGUUAUGGCUUUUUAUUACAUGAGAUUGUAAUCCAUGAAUCAUGGACAGCUGAUUAUGGUCACUACAAUUCACCAACUGAUAUAGGUGGAAAAAUUUGGACAGCUACAUCCCUAUUGCGUGCAUUUAGUCGAUUCGAUGCGAAACAGUCCUGUUUGGCUCAUUUACUUAGCUACAAAAGAAUAGAUGAAGGCAUUUUGGGGAUGUCUUGGUUGGCAUCCCCGGAUCCAAAAAAGUUAGGCGGUAUUUGUUCCUCACCUGUUCGACGGAAUAAUAAAAAGGAUCUCUAUUUAAAUACAGGAUGGACUACUUAUGUAGAUUAUAAUGGCCAACAACUAGUUAACGCUUUGGCUGAAUUAAUCACUGCUCAUGAAUUAGGACAUAGUUGGGGAGCAGAUCAUGAUCCUGACACAGAUGAAUGCAAUCCUACAGCUAUAAGUUCUGGAAAAUACUUAAUGUAUACCUAUUCAGUUUCAGGUUACGCUGAAAAUAAUGGAAAAUUUUCACCAUGUAGUUUACGGACAAUUGGGGCUUGUUUGGUUACUCGUGCUCCAUUAUGUUUCGAAGAUUCAUCUGUGGCUCUUUCAAAUCUUUGUGGUAAUAGUCGUAUUGAUGAGGGUGAAGAAUGUGAUGCUGGUCGAAAUCCACAUGAUCCUUGUUGUAGUUCUGAGUGUUAUUUUAGAACAGGUGCUCACUGUUCACCUUGGAAUCAUGGUUGUUGUACUUCUGAUUGUCAGUUGGCACCAAAGAAUACUAUUUGUGCACAAACUAGUAGUACUAAUCCUUGUUUAGGACCUGGUCAGUGUAAUGGUUUAUCAUCUACUUGUCCAGGUCCAACACUUUUAUCCGGUGGUCAAUGUGAUGAACACGGGCGAUGUUUUCAGGGUAAAUGUCAUCCGUUUUGUUUUAGUCUUGGGCUGGAAACUUGUAUCUGUGAUUCAGUUGAAGAAUCGUGCUUUAUUUGCUGUUUAUUUCCAACAUCAAAUUCAACUAAAAAUCAAAGCACCAUAUGCCUUCCUGUCAUAUUGACACAAAAUGAAUAUCUAUUAUAUUCUAAACAGAAUACUGUAAAACAUUCAAAAUCCUAUUCAAUGAUUUAUCAUUCAAAACAAUUAAUUCUGUAUUCUAUGCAUAAAUUGUUACCAUUCUCAUCUAAUAUAUUACGGUUAUAUGAUAAACAUUCAUCAAAUGAUACAUAUUAUUUUGUUGUUCAUAAUGAAAGUCAAAAAUUACCUACAAUUAAUUUAAAAAAUAUUAAUUCAUACUAUCAUGAACAACCUUUGGUACAUAUUCAUUUACAAGACUAUAGACCAUGUCUUAAUGGUUAUUGUAUGGCGGGGAAAUGUAUAGAAUCGAAAAGUAAGCGGAUAUUACGAUUUUGGGCACCAGUUCAUUAUUCUAAACACAAGAAUUUCAGCACUAUUGCUUGGGAUAAUCUGGUAUUUUUCGCAGUCUUUUUAUCACUUAUCGUAUGGAUACCAUUGAGUGCAUGUGUUGCUUACUUAAAUAGGUAUCAUGAAUGA